UGCGCGGCAGCGUGUGCUCUCGCUCCUGGCGACUUACAUCCGGGUGAUAAGCAGCUCAUUGAUGAUACAGAGGUGUCGUCUUCUUCAAGUCAGAAAUAUCGCCAAUCUCAGCUGAAUAUCGCUGGGAAAAGUACGGAUCUCGAUUUAUGGAUAGAUCGAGUAAAUGAAGCUCCCGACAGCGGCGCAGAACAUGACUUUGCGAUGUUCCUGUCCCAACAGAUGGCAAAGACGCGUAUUUCCGACCUGAGAAUCUUCCCCGCGUCACAACCUGCCGGUGCUAAUGGAUUUAACAAAUCUUCGUCGCAUACAACGAAUCAUCUGUCGCAAGACUCACCUUACCAGUCACCAUCACCACAUCCAGCAAGUGUCCAAUGCCUGAACGGCUGUGAGUCAUUUCUAAAUGAUUCCCCUGCGGCCAUGUGUGCGAACAUUCCUGAACCGUCUCCACCGGACCACACCGACUCACCCAUCGGCUCGCGAAAUCCGAGUCCGUCUCCGGAGAGCGGCAGAGCCGACCCUGUGUCUCCGCGGACCGUCAGUCACCUGGCGGAGGUGGUUUCCGCCGCACUGGCAGCCCAGUGUUCCAGCCGCGAGCCGGGCCUGCGCCCCAGUCACGCCGAGCGGGGCUGGUCACCGGGCGAGCCGCGGUCCCCGGGUCCGUCCGAGUCCGGCAGCGCAGACGGACGGUACGCCGGCUCGCAGAUCCGCUACAGCCAGGCAGACACAGUGCCGUGCUCCCCGAACGGCAGGCCCGACUUCCUGACCCGUGUGCUCACUGGACGAACCGAGUCUGAGGUCGCAAGUCUGGCAGGGGCGGACACUCAACUGUCGUGCCAGACAGCAGAAGAGAUGGGUCCGUCAAGUCGCGCCGAAAUCGAGCUAAACGUAUCUACUAUCGUGCCAAACGUAUCCACUCCAAUACUGAGCAUUCGUCCGUCAAGCCCACGUAUAGAGGAUGCUCGGUUUUCGGAGACCGGUGCUGACGACCCAACGUCGGUCAUCCCGCCUAGUUCGGCGGAGACUCAGCAGAGCCUUUUGGGCCGCGAGGAGAGAGCUCUGUCGCCGUCUGCCGGUGGCCGCGACGAGUCGGGGUCGGACAGUGCGACCCAUCGGUCGGACCAGUCCGGACUGAGCGGCUACAUCGGCCGACUGGUGGACGGCCUGGAGGGCUCCCCGCCCUCACGGCAGGGACGGGACACCGCUGACGCCACGGGUGAACCACUGCUGGGCGUCGGCGGCGCACAUACGAUCAGCGGCGAGAUACCAUACGCUGGAGAGCAAUUUCCGCCCACCGAGUCGGAGGAGCCGUCGCCCCGGUCGCCCAUCCCGCCGCUGUGCCACGAGCAGCGGCUGCAGCUGCUGCUGGCGAGCGGGCUGGACACGGUGUCCGACCGCGGCGCGGCGGCACACGCCACGCCGACCGCGUCGCAGGAGGUGGAGAUCGUUGCCGACCUCGGCCCCAGCGCGGGCUCCGCGGUGUCGGCGUCAGUCACCGUCUCCCGGCCGACUGGCGAGCGGUCCGGGCCGGCGCAGAGCACCCAGCGGGACCCGCUGACGCCGCCGGCGGCGCUGGAGGAUGGGCUCGGCACCUGCGGUCUGUCCCCGGUACUGGAGGAGGAAGAGCCGUCUCCGUCAGUGGCCGCUGUGUCUGAGUUUAACACGGACCAGUCACGCUCGGAGACGGACAGCGAUGUGCUCAACGAUGCCAGGCUCCUGUCGCUGACGGCAGACAGCUCGUCGGACCCGCCUGCUCUGGCCGCUGCCAGCUCGUCGGACCCGCCUGCCCCAGCCGCUGCCCCUACUCCAGCCGCUCCCGUUGCAGACUUUCAGGGAAACGCAAUCACCGGAGACCAGGGUAGAACGAGCCAUCGCGAGGAAGCUCAGAGCAGCGACGAAUCGGAUGGUGUGCGUGAAACGCGUACAGAGUCGGAUCAGUCAUGUGGGUAUGUGACAGACGAGUGCGCCGGUGACCUUUUCUCCGGCGAGAGUGAGAGUGACUACAGCUGCUCCCCGAGUGAUACGGAGUCGGACCGAGCGGAUAUUGUCCCUCCGGUGCCGGCCGACUCGCUGUCCCGUCCGUCUGGAGGCGCUUCGGUGCCACGAGACUCGAGCGCGGCCUCCCGGUGCGUGUUGGCCGGCUCCGCUCGGGAUGACGAGUCGCCCGCCGUCGCUGAGGCGACUGCUCCCCUGGACCUCUCUCCGUUCAGGCCCUGUGUCGCCACUGACCCUGCCCCGGCGGCUGCAGUCCAACCAGCAGCCCUCUGUUCGGAACAACCGCUGGACGAAUUAAAGUGCACCAUACCGGUCAACGUCAGUGCCAACCCGGGGACCGACGCGGGACACAGCAGCCCGGGAUCAAACACAGACUCCCCGGCCUGCGGUCAGGGCAGUCCGGCCGGUGACCCUGCCGACCGGGAGCCGCCGAGCCCGUCGCUCAGUCUGGGCAGCGGUUCAGUGGCGAGUGGCGGCCGCUCUCCGGCCCGGCCCGCCGCCGCAAUGCCCGACAGUCCCGGCUCGGAGGUCAGCUCCGAGGGGCUGGCAGCCAGCCGCAGCAGCGAGGAUCUGUUCCUGGGAGGCGCCGGUCCGCCGUCCCCGCUGGCAGCAGAGGAGGGCCUGCCCGUGUGCGCCACCCAGCCGUUCCGGCCCUCGCUCGGUCUCGGCCCCGCUGGAGAUGGCGGCUGGCUGGCAGACAGGCAGGACGCUCGUCGGGCGCGGCGCGGCUGGCCGACCGUCUCACCAGCCGCCCCUCAGUCCCGGACGUUGCCCUCGGGUGAUACUGAAGAUGCUGAACACACCAACGAUGCACCGUAUGUCCUGGACACCGACACUGGAAGAUCGUUUGCUGGGAGCGGCGGCCAGGUGCCAGCGGUGGAGGCAGCCGUACCGUCGGAGGCCGGCUGCGGUCCGACACCCGCUGCGAGCGGCAACUGUGGCACCGGGACUGACGACACGGGCUCCUCGGGCUCCCACCGGCAGCACCGGGCCGCCGCACUGACUCCAGCUGAUCUCCGGAACAGCGCGGCACACCACGGGCGCGGCGUCGGGUCCGGCAGUGAUGGUCCGAUGUCGUCCAGCGUCACCGGGCCUGAGGACAGGUCCCCGGUGGCCGCGGACACACGGCAGCAGAUCCUUCUAGCCAGAGCGGCCACGGUGCCGCCGUGCGCCGUCUCUGAGUGUGCUGCGGCGCCGCGACUCGGCACUGCCGGCAGCGUUGCGCGCUCAGCGGCCGAGGGCGCCGCCCUGCCGCCCGGCGGCGGAUCGACAGCCUGCUUCCCCAGCCGGCCCGGACUGGUCGCAGAGAGGGCCCCGGCGGACCACAGCGCCGUCCGGCCGGCCGGCGGCGGCAGCGACUCGGCGCCGCGGCAGCCCGCCGAGGCGGCCACACCGGAGCCCGAUGGAGCCGACACGGCGCUGGGGCUGAGCGCCGACGGCUGCGGCGGCGGCGCGGGGCCGGCUGAGCCGCCGGAGGGCGCGCGGAUGCCGCCCCCGCUGCCGUCGCCGGCCGCUCGCACCCGCACCAUUCGAGUGGGCCUGUCACGGCGCGCUCUUCUGAGACCGCUGCACAGGCGGCCGAACAACUGAACAGGCGCUGUCGGCGGCCGGGACCA